AUGUCGGAGCGGUGGCUCCAGACGACGGAGCGAGGACGUCCAAACAGAGCUGCCCCUUCGCGAGCUCGCUCCCUCGCCGAUCUGGAGAAGUUGGAGACAAGAAGACGGCCACGCCACUGCCCCGAGGAGCUCGCCGUCGCUGAGAUGGAAAACUCAUAUGAGCUGGACUCACAGAUCAACAACUCCUCAUUUCUGGACAUGAUGAAUGUAGGAUCGAGUGACACAAAUUGUUAUGGAACAGCAGAUUGUAGCCCACUUGCGGAACAAGUGACGAUGCCUCCACAAAAGGGGGAAAAAUCUGCGAAACCAAAAUCAGCAAAAGGAGCCUCCACAAAAGGGAAAAAUUGGUCAACUGUUGAGGACUUGGUGUUGAUUCAAGCAUGGGCAAACACUAGUCUAGAUGCGGUGACCGGGACCGAUCAGAAUUCAAGUACAUAUUGGGGUAGGAUUUCAGAUCACUACGACGCUCACAAAAAACCGUCAUGGCCGGAGCGUGGUUCUAAUGGACUCACUUGUCGUUACAACGUUAUUUCAGCGCUCACGAGCAAGUUCUAUGCAUGUAUUCAACAGAUAUUAAAUAGAAAUUGCAGCGGAAUGACUCUCUCUGAUAAGGAAAGAGAUGCACACCGCAUGUACAUUGAACUGGAUGAGAAAAAGAAGCCAUUUACAUUAAUGCAUUGCUACAUAGAGUUUGAGAAGUAUCCAAAGUGGCAGACACGUCCGCUUCCUCAUAAGAAACAAAAGAAGACCUCGGAUGCAAGUCCGGGUACAACCUCCAACGAUGAAGACUUCGGCGCAUGCACUGAUGCUCUUGAAGAAGAGCUAAGACCUCCUGGUACGAAGCAUGACAAGAAUGAACGUUUGAGGAAAGGUAAAACUUCUGAAUCCAAUGAUAGUGGUUGCAAGUUAUCAUUAGAAAGUGUGUGGGCACAGAAGAUAAAGAAGGAUGAUAUCAAAGAGGCCACAAAAAUUGCUCGCUACGCGAGAGCUUUUGAAUUGCAAGAGAAGCAGAUUGCAUUGCAAGAGAAGGAGGAUGCACGGAAACAGUUUGAAUUAGAUGAGAAAAUCAUGCUCAUGGACACAUCUCAUAUGAGUGAUGCACAGAAGCAAUUCUACAAGAAUAAACAAGAUGAGAUCAUUGCUCGCUGCCAGAACACAUCUGGUUGACCUUCAUUUGUUGUUCUGUCUGCUAUUUCUUAUCACUUGAACUAUUUGUCACUUGAAUUAUUUGUCACUUCAACUAUUUGUGACUUGAACUAUUUGUCACUUCAACUA